GCGAUCAUCUGUGGCACUGACCGUGACAUUGGUAGAGUUAUUACGAAGUUUCCGUUUUGUUUUUGUUUUUUUUAACUUCCCCGCCUAUGCAGCCACGAUUGCCAGUAUAUUAUAUGCGGUGCGUGUGCCAUACGUUGCUACCAUAUCGUGAACAUAUAUAAGGCGGAUGAGAUACAUUUUGGUCGUUUGUAUCUUGCGGGGCGUCUGGUGAUAGUCGACGUGCUUUGCUUUAUAAAGAAUCCCGUCAACAGCUGUUUCUCCUUGUGCGGUCGAAAUAUUUUGGUUAAGGUGCAAGUACAAAAAAAUGAAACGAGUAACUGUUUUCAGAAAUGGUUCAAACAUGGACGGAAAGGUAAUCGCAGUACAUGAUACCGACUGUUUGGACGAUGUUCUUGCUGAGGCAAGCAGGAAGCUGGAGUGUCCAGUGACAGACCUAUAUAAUCGUUCAGGCGGACACGUAGAUGAAGUCAUUCUGAUCAGAGAUGACGAUACGCUCUAUGCAUCAGGCGGAGAAACAUUUAUUCGGUCGCCAAGGGUGUGGAAAGCCAGGGGCUCGUUCACUCAAGAUGCUACAGAUCGGCAUGCACAGCCUUUGCAGCGCCAGGCCUGUGCACAUUCACAUUCCGAAUGGGUUACCUUGAACGUUGGGGGCAAGCUCUUCACCACCACCAUCAGCACCCUGACACGGGUGGAUGGUAACAGCAUGCUUGCACGCAUGUUCAUGCAUGGCGAUGUUGAGUGGCAGAGCCGCAUCGAUGAGACAGGUGCAUACCUCAUUGAUCGAAGCCCUCUCUACUUCGAGCCCAUUCUGAAUUAUCUGCGACAUGGAAAAUUGGUGCUGGACAAGACUGUUAACCCAGAUGGUAUUCUGGAAGAGGCAAAGUUUUUUGGGCUGACGUCACUCAUUGAACAACUAGAGGAGUUGAUUGAGAAAGAGCAGCCACCAGAUGAUACUACACCUAUUACUCGCCGUGAACUAGUCAUGGCAUUAAUGGUGACACCUACAAACAAAGAGCUGCGAUGCCAGGGAGUCAACUUUACAGGGGCUAAUCUUUCCAAGUUGGACCUUCGCUACAUCAACUUCAAAUAUGCCAUACUGAGAAAAGCAAACUUAUCAGGUGCCAACCUGUCCUACUGCAACUUUGAACGAGCUGAUCUAAGCAGUGCUACACUGGACUCUGCCAAUUUGUUGGGUGUCAAAGUACUCUGUGCCAAUAUGGAAGGCGCUUCACUGCGGGGCUGCAAUUUUGAAGACCCUGCUGGCAGUAGGGCAAACAUGGAGGGCGCUUUGAUGAAGAAUGUUAAUCUUGAAGGCAGCCACAUGGCCGGUGUCAAUCUGCGGGUGGCUAACUUGAAAAAUGCCAAUUUGCAAAACUGUGAUUUGAGAGGUGCUGUUUUGGCAGGAGCUGAUCUGGAGAACUGUGACCUGUCUGGCUGUGAUCUUCAAGAAGCCAAUUUGCGUGGGGCCAACUUAAAGGGAGCUACAUUUGAACUGAUGUUAAACCCCCUUCAUAUGGCUCAGGCUGUCUGAGUUAUUAUUUUUUAAACUUUUUUUGACAAAUUUUUAUGAGAAAACUGCAAGAGAGAAUUCUUGUCUACUGUUGGGGAGAAAAAGAUGUAGAAAACAACUAAAGUAAAAUUAUAAAAUAAAAACAGCCUAAACGAAGUACACUACUGUGCAUAGCACAUUCACAAAACUAUGAAAAUCAUUCCUUCACACCUGCAGUGUAUGACAUUGAAUGCAUUUCUUACUUCCAGUAAAUGCAAAUGUUAAGUGUUGUUAUCUGCUAUGCCUAUAGAUAAAUAAUAUGACUGCUUAGAGGUUUGUUUAUGUACAAAUGUAAAGAGUCUUUCAUUUAAAGCAUAUGCAUCAUUUUUUCUUUUGAUAUUGUUGAAUUUAUCCAACAUGUGAUAAAAUAAAACUUGAUAUUUAUAACCUGAACAUGUAUGCCAAUAUGAUUACUGCACUAAUUGUAUUAAGAGAAAUGAUUAAUUAAAAUGAUCUCAUAAGUGAAAAUGAAUGUCCCAACAGUAUCCCUCUUUCCUUGUGUCAGUAACACCAAGUGAUAGUGCGUGUGUGUGUGAAAGAGAGAAACUUAUUCCAUCAAGAACAGAUUUAUAUUUAACAAAGUUACUUUUAAAAUAAAUAAUAAAAUCACAUUCUUAUAAGUUUACAGGUCUGACUGUCAAUGGUUUUCUCCAGUUUCCUCCAUCCUGUGUGUGUAUAUGUACAAGUAUGUUCACAGAGGUGUAUUUGAUGUUGCUCUAAAAAGAUGUAUGUGUUUGGUUUGAGCCUAUCCGGAGCUAGUGAAGACUUAUGUAAA